AUGAUGCGGCUGAUCGGCCUUUCUACAUGGGCCCCCCUCCUCAUUAUAACCUGCAAAGCUUUGCAAAUUCGGAACAGUUGCUUCAUCCCUAGUUACCAAAAUGUGCGUCCCAUCGGAAGCAGCGGCGAUGAACAGCUGUACACACGAAGCUGCUUCGGUAGUAAUCGCCGCCCCAGUAGGAGCAAAACAGGGGAGCAGAACAAAUGGAUCGUGUUCAGCAAAGAUGACGAGAUAAAGGAAACAAGCAGACCACAAGAGCCGGACGAUGAUUAUAAAAUGGCCAGAAGGAAAAACUUUAUAAAAAAGUAUCAAGUGACAAGGGAAGAAGUAGAGGCCUACAUAGAACAAAUGAAGAAAAACUCAAGUAGUGGAUAUGAACCUCAAUUUCCGAAGGACGUUUUUAGGACCCCAGAUGGAUUAACAAAUGUAAUUUUGGAUUAUAAAUAUAAAAAUGAUAAUUUAAAGAUUCACAAUUAUUACUCUUUUUUUAUGUACUUUUUAAAAAAGCUAGCUGAGCAAGCGGAAAAAAAAAAAAAAAAUCUAAAUGAACCUAAUGGACAAAAUGGCGAAAAAGACCAAACGGAUAGAGACCCACUAAUUAGCGUACAAGAUUUUCUCUUCCUAAAAAAGAAGGGAUUCUUUGAAGGAGAGUUGUACACGUGGAAAAAUUGGGUUCUUCUCAAUCGAGGAGAGUGGGAAGAUUACAUCGGCUACGGAGAAGUAGACAAAGAAAAAGAAUACGAAAUAGAGACGCUGCGAAAAAUGGUAGAGCCCAAGAUGAAGAGAAUGCCCAUAGAAUACUGGGGGAGCUUUAGGGCAAUCGACUUUAAUGUGAAUCAUUACCCGAUUUACAAAAAGUUGUAUGACUACUUUGACAAGAUUAGUGUGAGUGGUAACGAGCCGAAUGAGAAAUUUUACCCCUUCCUUUUCUACCCUCGGUUCGGCGUGCGCAGAGAUAGGUCCGGGCUGGGUUACGGGGAUGCCCAGUUUUUCGGCAACUACGGGGACAUCUACAAAAAGCGCGAGGAACGUUUGCGCAGGUUGCGCGGUGUGGGAAGCGUGGGCGGCAGCGUGGAUGCUGGUGUUGGCCGUGCUGGUGAAGAGGGUGUGGACACAUCGGGCGAGAGUGAAAGUGUGGUGCACUCCAGCGUGCACCGGGAAAGUUUCAUAGACAAAUACGACUUUGGGCCAAACGACAUCAAAGUGGAGGAAGCGACAGACAUAAUCAAGUACCCACAGAACGGCAGGCUCUACCAAAAGUUCUACAUAGGACCCCUAAACAUAACCGAUGGGCACACCUUUGGCACUCUAUUAAAGUACGUCUGUCAGACUCAGAUAUAUGGGUACGCCAUAGUCGCCAUUAAAGUCCACAAUAUGAACGAAGACACCAGAAUUGACAACGUGCAGGAGGACCUCCUAGAAAUUGCUCUCAAUUUAUCAGACGUGUGUAUAUACAGCAAAGAAAUAAAUGUUGAGAGCAACGUGCGCCUCAUUUUUAAAGGACCCUUGAUGCUAGUAGCAGGGAUGAUACCCAUGCCGUCUCACCUACAAGUAGUUAAUAAGGAGCAGUAUAUCUGCACACUGAAAGAAGAUGGUUACUUAGACAUUUCAAUAAAAAUUGAAUAUGGAAAAGGUCACUGGCUAACAUACGAGAAAGGAUUAUAUAAAAGGGAACUGGGUUCGGAUAAUGAAUGUAUGAAAAAAAGACCAGUGAAGGAAGUUAUUGAGAAGAAUUAUAUGCCUAUAAGUGCUAGCUUUGGUAGCUGCCGUAUGGUACGUAUGGCUGUACAUAAAAUCGCUACUAAAUAUUGGUGUGAAGAGAGGUGUGAGUUUACCGACCCGAAACAAAUGCUUGUAAUAGAAAUAUGGAGCGACAAUAGGAUGCUGCCGAAAAAUGUGUUGCUGUAUGGAAUUAAAAAUAUAAAAAAGAUUUUGAGAAAGUUCAGGGAGAUGAUCAUUUCCGACACAGACUUCCCAUGCGAUGUGGAGCACGAGGAGCUAAAGAAGCUGUGGCCCGCCAUUGACCGGUACAAAUUUUUGCAGACCAAGCAGAAGAUGGAGGGAGGCCCACCCAUCCACGACGUAGACGCGGACACUGAUAGCAGCGGCGUGGGUAACGCGAGUAGUGAGCGCGACGCGCUGGAGCCACACAACCAAAUGGGUAGCCAAAACCUGCUUGACUCAUUUUCGCAAAAGCUCGUGGACCCGGACAAUUUCCCCAAGCACUCAAAUAUCGUCCUUCCGCUGGAGGACACGCCGCCGCCCUACCUGGACACCCUGGAGUGGCUAAAAAGGGAAGUGAAAAAAGACAGAAUUCGCAAGAAGAGGAAGAGUUCCGAGAAAAAAACUUCCAAAGCGUCUAACAGGCGUACCUUCGAUUAUGACGACUACCUAGACGACAGUUUGGGCGACAUACUCGACGAGGGUUGA